AUGGCCGAGCUGAUCAUAACGGGAUUUGAGUACCUGGUUCCCCCGAGAAGACUCUCCGGACGAGCAGCAGCAGCAGCGAGGGAUUAUCUCGGCGAGUGUGCGCGACAAGGGAAAGAAAGAGAACGAAUCCUCAUCUUCCACGUCAUCGAGCGAGAGGCACAACCGGCUUGGAUGAUGCGCGCACCUUUCCCUCCACACGUCUUGGACCAACAGCGGCAGCAGCAGCAGCAGGUUGAGGUUGAAGCCAAAGAUCAAGUAAGUAAUAGAGAUUCAUAUAAGGAACCAAGCAGUCAUGUUGCUACUGAAAGAUACUCACCUGUUCGUCGAGCAUCAGAAGGAUCAGGUGCUCCUGGACCAGGCAUCCAAGCGCUUCAACAAGAAUAUCAACAGUUACAGAGAUUAGCAUCGCCUUCACAUAGUCCUGCAAGUAUUCCUGGUUCUCCUGUACACGAAAGAGGUGUAGCAGCAAUUACGCAAGGUCUCAGUGGUUUAACUACAACAUCAGUACAGGGUAGUAUCGUACAUGGUACGCCAGCGCAGCCACCAGCCACACCUUUAGAUUUAAGUCCACUUAGGCAUCAUAGAUCACCUGCGACUACUCCUGUGAGUUACUCACCCAGUAAUAGUCCAGCAUUGGAUAUGAUACAAGAAGAACAUCCUGUAGAAAUAUCAAGGGUACCACCACAAAUUUCAGUGACAGAUGUUCUUGGAGGACAAGUGACGUUAAUUAGUGGCUCGCCUUCUCCGUCUCCAUCACCAGAUUCACUCGAAGAUGCAUUACCUCAUUACAACACUCUUCCGAGUUUUAUUAUUUCAGAGCCAUGUGAUCCUUCAAGACCUAGUAUAACACGUGGUAUCGGUAGACCUCAUAAUACGAUACCUACCGAAGUCGAGGUUCCUUUAUCUGAUGAAUCAAGCAGGUUAAAUUCUGAAACUAUAUUAGGUCGUGUUAAACAAAUAAUAGAUGCAAGAGCGCCACCAAAAGGUUUUAUAUUUUCAAGAGAGGAAGUGGAAGGUAGUGGGCUUAGUUUAGAAUAUCCGGGUGGUGUACAAAUUGAACUUAGGGUUUGUGAAUCAGAAGAAAGAGAAGCGAAAGGAAUAAAAAUGCGUAGGAUUAGUGGGGACCAAUUGCAAUAUAGUCAACUUUGUCAGCAAUUGAUUUCAUGUAUUACUGUUUGACGACAACCAGCAUAUAAUAUAAUAUGUUUUUAUACAUUAUAUUACAUUCCUAGUGUAACAUACACUAUUCAUCACAGUAUUGUACACGC